AAAAGUCCUUACAUCAACACAACAGCUUCUUCUUUCGCCGCUUGCUGAAUCUUCCAUAGCAACGAAAACACCGACUUUUUUGUACGAUGUUUCGCGGUUUUGUGAGCUGACAUUGACUGUGCAGGGCGUUGUCAUGUAUGAGACUUGGCCUACAGUUAGCUCUCUCCAGCUGCGGCAUAGAAUACAAAUAAUAAACAAAUGCAAAAAAAUAUGAUCCUUUGUCAGCAGACAAAUAUCAGUAGGGAUUUCAAAGAGCUCCGAUGCAGAAAGAAAGAGGCAGAGGUUGAGGAGACACUUAAGAGAAUCCAGAGCCAGAAAGGAGUGCAAGGAAUCAUCAUUGUUAAUGCAGAAGGCAUCCCUAUCAAAAGCACCCUUGAUAACUUGAGCACUGUACAAUAUGCUGCCAAUAUCCAGCAGCUGCUAAUGAAGGCACGGAGCAUGGUGAGAGACAUUGACCCUCAGAAUGACCUCACUUUUCUCAGGGUUCGCUCAAAGAAGAAUGAGAUCAUGAUUGCUCCAGACAAGGACUAUUUCCUGAUUGUCAUUCAGAAUCCUACAGAGUAGUACUAAAUCAUCAUAGUAGUGUUGCCAUAGUAAUGUCUUUUUUAAUUAAUUGCCAAAAGUGUUUUGCUUUUAAUAUAUUCCAGAAAAGUGAAGUUUAUAUUGUAACACAUAGUUACUAGAAAGUAAAAUAAGUGGAUGAAUUUGGUUUACUGUAUUAGUUCCAUAUUUAAUAUUAUUCUCUUUGUACUGCUCUUGUUUAUCAUAGCAAUAAUGUUUUUUUUUCUUAAUUUAUUGUUCUUUCAUAUUCUCCCUGCAAGAAAUCUAGUUGUUCUUCAUCUAUAUGCUUCAAUGUGACACUAUGAAAUGCCUUAACUACUUCUGUGUGCAAGAAUGGACAAUAAAAAAGUGAAGCAUU